GAAAAAAUGGACUCCGGUGUGAAGCUAGCAGUUGUUGUCAAGGUUAUGGGACGAACUGGAUCAAGAGGACAGGUGACCCAAGUUAGAGUUAAGUUUUUGGAUGACCAAAACCGAUUGAUCAUGAGGAAUGUGAAAGGACCUGUUCGUGAAGGUGACUAUCUCACUCUUCUCGAAUCAGAAAGAGAGGCCAGAAGACUUAGAUAAUUUCUCUCAAUGGAUCUCUAUUUUGCUAGGUUGGGGGUACUUGUGUGCUUUGAGUUGAUGAAACUUUCUUUAGGUAAUUAGUGUGUUGUUAAAUGUUCACAAGUACUCAUGAUACCUUUGCUUGCACAACUUUAUAUGUUUAAGUUGGAGACUAAAGUUUGAUAUCUGUUGAUGGAAAACGAGAAGUUUUGAAGGUUUAUUAUGAGCAUCUAAAUAUGUUGGUCUGUUAUUGUUAAAGUCUGUGAUGUUUAAUUCGUAUCAUGAGAAGUAUUUUGAUGGAUAUCACGAGCUUUAAAAAAUUUCACUUCCCUAUUCACCUA